AUGGCUCCGGGGAUUGUCACAAAGGACAUGGCCAGCACCUCUAUGGUGGUCUUUCCUAUAGAAGAAGACAUGCCACCAACAUUGUACCAAAAUAUUGAUGAGAAGGCCCUGGUGGCCAAGUCUAAGAAACACCUCCUUGAUUAUGGUACCAAGUUCGAGCCUGAUGUUAUUACUGGCUGUCGUGGAUUAUACAUCUACACGGCAUUGGGCCACAAGGUGUUGGACUGGACGUCGGGGCAAAUGUCUUGCCUCCUCGGCCACGGGCAUCCAGAGAUUGUCAAAGUCAUUACCGAUCACGCAAUGCAGCUUGAUCACCUCUUCUCUGGCAUGGUCUCGCCUCCAGUGAUCUCACUUGCGGAUCGACUUUGCAGCGCUCUUCCAGCUGGAUUAGACAAAGCCUUCUUUCUCUCCACCGGAGGGGAGAGCAAUGAAGCCGCCAUCAAGAUGGCCAAGACAUAUACGGGCAAGUUUGAAAUAGUUGGCAUUGGGGCUUCAUGGCAUGGAGUGACGGCACAGGCACUUGGCGCGCAGUAUCAUUUCGGCAGAAGAGGUCAUGGACCUUUGAUGCCAGGCAUGCACAUGCUGCCCGCGCCCAAUGCAUACAGGUCCAUUUUCCGCAAGCCCGAUGGCUCCUAUGACUGGGAGACAGAAUUGGAAUAUGGAUGGAGGAUGAUUGACUUGCAGUCGUGCGGCUCUCUAGCUGCUUGCAUUGUCGAGUGCAUCCAAAGCUCGGGCGGUAUGCAUGUUCUCCCACCGGGAUAUCUGAAGGCCUUGAAAAAGCAGUGCGAGAUGCGAGGAAUGCUCCUGAUCGUCGAUGAGGCUCAGACGGGCGUCGGCAGAUGCGGGGACUUUAUGGCCAUCAACCACGAGAACGUCGUGCCGGACAUUUUAACCCUGUCCAAAACCCUGGGUAACGGUCUACCCCUGAGUGCGGUGGUGGCCAGCGAUGAAGUUGCCAGUGUAGCCGCGGAGAAGGGCUUCUUCUUUUACACCACCCAUGUCAACGAUCCUCUCCCUGCUGCUGUUGGUGACAAGGUCCUCGAGAUCCUGUUCCGGGAUAAUCUGAUAGAGCACUCGAGAAAAUGCGGCGAGAUACUGCACAGCGGGUUGCAGACACUACACAGCAGGUACGGCUGCAUUGGCCAAGUGCGCGGGAGAGGUCUCAUGGCGGGCGUUGAAAUUGUGACGGACCGAGAGAGCAAAAGGCCGGCUUUGGAACUGGCCAAAAGAGUUGGAAACCGCGCAUACGAGCUUGGGCUCUGGGCGAAUCUGAGCAGCCAUCCAAGCUUUGGUGGCACAUUUAGAAUUGCGCCUCCUAUUACAGUGACGGAGAGCCAGGUUGAAGAUGGGCUCGCAAUCCUUGAGAGAGCAUUCGCCGAGACCGAAGGCACGCUACCGCUGUAUUGA